UCCGCAUCUGAAGAAGACAGAGAAGCGGCACAUGCGACGUGUAGUUUGAUAUUAGAGGUGAAAUAUCGAUCAGUUUAUCACUUAUAUAUUAUAAUCAAUCGCACAGAAUGAUCGCAGCGCGCAGGCUCGUGUCUAACAGUAUAAUGUUCAUGGCGGGAGUUCGGUGCUGUAAUCGAGCUUUACAUAAGAAGGUCAUUCAUGUUUUAAACGACUGUAAUAAAACACAAACACGCACAAUAACAACACAAAACUACACAACAACAGCUGGAAACAGCACGACAGUUCAACAGUCCAUUUUAACCUCAGAUGAAUCUGUUAAACACCAUCAAACCAGGUCUGUGGAGGAGUUUGACGUCAGUGUGUUGGUGUCAGUACUCAGACAGGAGAACGCUACAGAUAUCUGUGUCAUCAGAGUUCCUCAAGAACUCAAAUACAGCGAUUACAUGAUCAUAGUGAGCGGAUCAUCUCCUCGACACCUCACCGCCAUGGCCGAGUUUGUGCUUAAAGUGUUUAAAUUCCUGCGGAAGGACGGCGAUCCACAUGUGCGUCUGGAGGGACGGGAGUGUGACGACUGGAAAUGUAUCGACUUUGGAUCAAUAGUGGUUCACUUCAUGCUGUCAGACACCAGAGACACAUAUGAACUGGAGAAACUGUGGACGCUGCGCUCGUAUGACGAACAGCUCAGCCGUAUCCCACGGGAAACGCUUCCAUCAGACUUCAUUUACGAUAUUAAACACAAAUGAGCACGCAAACACGUUUACCGGACGAUUGAGUGAUCACAGCAGAGGUGCAAACUGCUCAAUCACCUCGAUUCACUUCACAGAGCUUACCAUUUUUAUCUCAAUAUUUGAAAAUAAAAGAUUUCUGUGAAUGCGAACGUUAGAAAAAGUCAAUCUGUGUUUGCAACCCAUUUUACUUCUGUAAUGACAUUUGUGAAAUGUGUGAAACUUGAUAUUCAGUCAGAAAAUAAUGUAGGAUGGGAAUUGACUGGAUAGUGUAAAGUGUCUGUGAGGCAAGUGGAUGAAUUUGUUUUUUUUGUGAUUUUCUCCCCAAUUUGGAAUGCCCAAUUCCCAAUGUACUCCAAGUCCUCGUGGUGGUGUAGUGACUCGCCUCAAUCCGGGUGGUGGAGGACGAAUCUCAGUUGCCUCCACGUCUGAGACCGUCAAUCCGCGCAUCUUAUCACGUGACUUGUUGAGCGCGUUACCAUGGAGACGUAGCACGUGUGGAGGCUUCACGCUAUUCUCCGCGGCAUCCACGCACAACUCACCACACGCCCCACCGAGAGCGAGAACCGCAUUAUAGCGACCACGAGGAGGUUACCCCAUGUGACUCUACCCUCCCUAGCAACCGGGCCAAUUUGGUUGCUUAGGAGACCUGGCUGGAGUCACUCAGCACGCCCUGAGAUUCGAACUCGCGACUCCAGGUGUGAUAGUCAGCGUCAAUACUCGCUGAGAUACCCAGGACCCCAAUGGAUGAUGACAAAAAAUAAAGUUCUAGUUGUCUCAGAAGUGGAACAAGUUAUUACAUUUUGAUGAAAGAUUACGAACAAAGCAGUUUUUUAUGUAUCUAUAGAGUUGGUUGAGGGUUUAUCCCGAAAUCUUUAACUCUUAAAGGGAUAGUUCACCCAAAAAUAAAAAUUCUCUCAUCAUUUACUCA